CUUUUAAAUGGGGAACUCUGUCACUCUUGGAAAAUAACCCAAAUUCAAAGCUAAGCAAGUGUCAUACGCAUUUUCUCUUGACAGCAUGGGUUGGAUCAAUUGCAAUGGUGGGCAUAGGACUUUAUGGUCCUCUUAUUGGGAGGCUUUAUCAACGAUUUGGUGCUCGACUUGUGUCAUUUUUUGGAUCCUUGAUCUGUAUUGCCAGUCUCAUUGCAACAUCAAAAGUCUCCAAUCUUUAUGUCAUGUUCGUAACAUACGGAGCUCUGUUCGGUUUUGGAUCAGGGUGUAUUUUUAUAGUUACGUACAUUGCCGUGCCAAGUUACUUCACAAAGUGGCGCUCGCUGAGCCUGGGACUAAUAGCAAUGGGGCCCGGUGGAGGGCUAUUUAUCAUGAGCCCAAUCGUACAACUGCUUUUCGAAAACUUUGGUUGGAGACGAACGUUUCUAUCUAUGGCUGGCAUUGAUGUCUUAAUGUGUCUUUUGGCCUUUGUUUACCGACCAGUAGUGUUAGAUUCUGAGAAAGAGGAACUGAAGACAAACGAACAAAAAGAAGACAAGAAGUUCUGGGACAUUUCACUUCUUAAACACAAAGCAUUCGUCCUCUCUUCGUUGGCAGGAGUUAUCUUUUACCUUGCUCACUACAUUCCACCCGUGCAUAUGGUUCGUUACUUGGAAGAGGUCGGUUUUUCAGAGGUAGUCGCCUCCCGUCUGUACAUCUACAGUGGAGUGGCCUCCUUACUAGUGCGACCUGCGAUUGGUCGAUUGAAUGACUUCAGCUGGAUAAACAUGAUAUACAUUUAUUCUGUGGCCAGUGGUAUUUUAGGCUUGGUUACCCUCCUUUUACCUAUGGCGACUUCAAAUGUUCACUUUAUUGCGUACUUUGUAGUAUACGGCUUAGCUGAUGGGACAAUGGGUUCCGGUUUGAGUAUCGCAGUGCUUUACAGUCUUCCUGAAAGACUCAGACCCCUGGGUUUCGGUGUCUAUCAGUCCGUAACUUGUGUCACUUCAGCAUGUGGUCCGGCUCUAGGAGGUUUAGUAGCAGAUCUCCAAGGAUCGUAUGACCCAGUGUUCUACAUGGCUGGUGCUAUAAUGAUAUUUGCCACUGCCAUACUGUUGACUGUUUCCUGUGUCAAGAAAUCUAAGACAUUGACCUCGAAGGAAGAAGUGAAAGUCUGGGAAUCGCUUCUUGUGGUAGAAAAGUGUUCAGUUGUGUAAAUGCGCAUGCGCGUAUCUUUGGUCUCUUGGGGACAGUGGCAACGUAAUAGAAACUUGAAAGCUGCUUUGUUGUGUCACGAAACAAGACCCUGGUCAAAAAAGAUUCCUUGUGUAUUUUGAUCAAAGCGAACAACAGAGUGCGUUCCUUUGUGAUGAUUCAGAUCAGGAUAAAUGAUCCAAUAUCAAUCGGAUCACUUUCCCCAGAGGGGAGGGUACUUCCGUAAAUUUGUGUAUAGUGUGUGCCGCGAAGGGUCUCAAACCCUGACCCUGUUUGAAGAGCGAAGGGAAUGUAAAUAGAUACCCAAUGCCAACUGGGGCAAAAAGAAUCGAGAACCUCAAAAACCCUACCCUUUCCCACGGCACAUACCCAUAUAGCCCAUAUAUGGAAUCCCUCCCCCCGGAUCAUUGCGCAUCAAAAGAUCCGACGAACCUAGCCUAGGCAAGGAUUCAAUGGUUCCUUUGAUGAAUUAUGAUCCGAGUGAUUUUGGAUCAUUGAUCCUGAUCUGAGGUCAUCGCAAAGAAACGUACCCUCAGAAACUACUUUAUUCUGACCCCUGGGGCUCCAGCUAGGCCUGAUUCACACCAGCGAUCGAUAUAAAGACAUAAGGAAAAGAUCAGUUUUUUUUUUUUCCUAUUGCGUAAUGUUCAUGUUGUUAUGUUGCUAUCAUGUCAUUUUGUCAGGAUGUUCAAACUACAAAGUUAACUUAACGACAUAACAUCCCUCUUAUGACGAUGUGUUUAUGUCGGUAUGUCGCCCGUGUGAACUAGGCUUUAUAACUUAAGUCUGGUUCACAGUAGCGACAUAACGACAUAACGACAUAUGGAAAAGAUCAGUUUUAUCUUUAUGUCGUUAUGUUC